AUCGUCAUUUUUGUUUUGGAAAUCGGGAUUCACCGACGUACCUAAGUUCCAGUUUUUUUAAAAAAGCUUUUAGAGUUAGUAGAUUUUAUCAUUUCUUGAAAAUUCAUUUUCAUCAAGGAGAAAGCAAAGCUCGUUUAAAGGAUAAAAUGGCACAAUCCGAUACCAACGAGGAGAGUUCUUCCGCAAAUUUUGAACAGGAGCCUGCAUCUAUCCCAGACAAAUUCGCUCAUCUUAUCCAAGAUUCAGAAGAUAAUCAUGACUCGGGGAAGUCUUAUCGGAAAGAUGAUGGAAUUUGUUCGGAGAAUAGCUUAAGGAAACGAAAACUUUUUGACGACGUCUUGUGUGUGCUUCUUCAAAUUCGAGCACAAUUGACUGAAAUGUUAAAUCCUUCGGAGGGUGAUUGGCAUCUACGCGGUGGGGGUGGGAAUGACCGCAAGUUGAAGCAGUCGAAUUCGGAGGAAGUGGAAAACGAUGAUGAUCGCUUGAAAAAAUUGAUGAAAAAAAUUGACAGAAUUGAGAAUAAAUUAAAAUAUUUAAUUGCAAAAUUACCUCCAGGAACAAGUCAGGAUUCUAGCAAGAAGGAGUCUGCUGCAAAGCUUCGGGAAGAAAUAGAGAAUUUUCAAAAAAAACUUAGCAGAUGCGAAGAGAAAAGGAGAAGAUACGAUGACUAUUAUGUACCGUCAAAGAGUGGCCUGCAGACUGCCUCUGAUUCUUACUCGAAGAAAACUAGUGCCGAUGAAGGGAGGUCACAUCCCUUACGACCUAAUGCCGCCGAGUUGAUGAAGAAAGAGAGACCGGAGACGAAAUCCGGCAAGCAAAAAAAGAAGGGACAACGCUACGAUUCAGAAGAAACUUUAAGUGAAGCAACUAAAGGAAGGAGGCAACGUUAUGAUUUAACCAAGGCUUCCCAGAAAAGGAGGAACUUUCACGAUGAUUCAAGAACUCAGUCGAAAGAAGUGGUGCGAAAUGUUCAUAACUUUCAUACCGGAGAUGAUAUAACUGAAGACCAAAUGUGCAUGAAAAUGCAUAACGCUGCAUUUAAAAAAUUCGGGCUGCAGAAUAUGGGGUUUAUAUACAAUAGAUACCUGACAGCCAGAUAUUAUCAGUCAGGAGUUCUAGACUAUAUUCUAAUUGAAGAGGAUGGUAGAAAAAAGAUUCAUACUAGAUUGAAUUACCCGAAAGGACCAUACCACAGAGAUGACGUAGAAGUACGCUUCAAGCGGAUGGAACCCUAUCAAUGGUGUCAUAUGGUGUAUUAUUCCUACCGUACAGGCCAACAGCUUGUUGAUCGUAUUGCCAACGAAACAUGGAAAGAAUGGUAUCCGAAGCGCUUCUAUAUGCCAUUUGAUUAUUUUGAAGACAGAAAUAGCGAAAAAACAGUUUCUUACGUACCCUUUUCACGCACUGACCCACCAUAUGAAGACGGCAAAGCAUCAGCAAAUUUAUAUUUCUACCACGCGCACAUUCUUAGUCCGAGAUGCAUUCCAAUACCAAAAGGAGUCAAGCUCAAAAUCAAAUUGUCAGCCCAAGGGGAUUGGAUUGCCCACGGUCCAACAGGUUUCCACUACGUUGACUACUACCAUUGUCUGGCUCGAUAUAAUUUUGGCAGCCAAACAAUUUACCACUUUAACCAACCUAGAAAAUUCCUUAACCAUCUGUGGAAUGAUGUUUUCCUUUUUAAAACUCCCAUCGUUAGACGAAGGGCCAUGGUUCUUGCCCCUUUAGUUGGAGAGGUCGCUCGCUCGAGAGAUAAACGUGUUCGCAGACAUCCCCAGGGCGGGUGGUCAGGUGAUUUAGUUCAAGGAUUCAAUGUGAAACAGUUCGAUAAUCUUAUGGCGACUGAUACUGAAUUUUCAGAGCUCUAUACGAAAUGGGGAAAGAUACAUGCAGACUGGGACAUACCAAACAAAAGGAGAUCGGAUGCGGAAGCACAACAUUAAAGUGAAACACUGUGUGUACAUAUAUUGUGUAAUUCUGGUUUUUAGGCAUAAACACUUCUAAACGAA